CAGAACCCGAAAACGAUUCAACAACUUCGCAUCGGCUAAGACUGGGGUGGUGGCGGUAUAUGAGAGCGAUGGUUGUUGCUCAUCUUCCUCUCACAGCAAGCCUCUGCCCGAGCAGGAAAAGCACGCUUUUCCAGUGCACACUUCUCUCGGAAUUCCCAAAAUACCCCUUCAUCCCCCUCAAAACCCCAUCCCAUGCUCCGCAAUACAAGAAUCUCCACGCUCUUCCCGCAAAUUGCAGCAGGAUUCUCAAGGCCCUUCUUCCAUUCAAGGAGAUUCACCUCCACUCUCGGCAUCCACGUUUUCCAUUGCCCGGAUGAGGUGGGGAUCGUUGCAAAGCUGUCGGCGUGCAUUGCUUCUCAUGGAGGGAAUAUACAGGGCGUUGAUGUCUUUGUUCCUGAAAACAAGCAGGUCUUCUACUCCAGAAGUGAAUUUGUCUUUGACUCUACACAGUGGCCGCGGGCAAUGAUGGACGAUGACUUCGUGAAACUCUCAAAGCUGUUCAAUGCAGAAAGAUCCAUCGUACGAGUGCCUGAUCUGGACCCAAAAUAUAAGAUUGCAGUUCUUGCUUCAAAGCAGGACCACUGUUUGGUGGACUUACUGCAUGGAUGGCAGGAGGGGAGACUUCCUGUGGACAUUACUCGCGUAAUAAGUAACCACGAGAGGGCACCAAAUACUCAUGUGAUUCGGUUUCUUGAGAGGCAUGGAAUCCCAUACCAUUACUUGCCUACAACUUCUGGGAACAAAAGAGAAGAUGAGAUCUUGGAUUUGGUUGGAAAUACUGAUUUUCUGGUGCUAGCUAGAUAUAUGCAGAUAUUGUCUGGAAAAUUUCUGAAGAGCUAUGGGAAGGAUGUAAUUAACAUUCAUCAUGGCCUUCUACCAUCAUUUAAGGGUGGCAGUCCUUCUAAACAGGCUUAUGACGCUGGAGUGAAAUUGAUUGGUGCAACAAGUCAUUUCGUAACUGAAGAACUUGAUUCGGGUGCUAUUAUUGAACAGAUGGUUGAGCGAGUAUCCCACCGAGACAACCUAAGAAGCUUUGUGCAGAAAUCAGAGGACCUCGAGAAGCAAUGCUUGGCAAAGGCUUUAAAAUCUUAUUGUGAGCUUCGGGUGCUGCCUUAUGAAGAAGCGAAGACUGUUGUAUUUUGAAGAGUAACAAGGACACAAAGGGUCCUAGUUUGUAAAAAUUCACCAUUAAUUAAUAAUUGAUAUCAUUCUUUUCUACUGUAUCCUGCAUUAUUAAUGAAAAUAUCUCUAAUUUUAUGAA